UAGAUAAAAUCUAAAGGGUAAAUAUUAUUAUCACAAUGUUGAGAUGUUGAGAUUUUCUUGCUUAAAAGGAAACCAUUUUAAAUUGGGUCGCAUAUAUUUAAAGUUGAGAUUUUUUUAAAUAGGCAAAAAAAGUAAAAAAGGCUUACUCGCUUUUUGCUGCUAGUUCUUGUUCUAUCGAUUUCAUUCUUAAUUAGGUCGCCGGACUGGAAGAUGUUGGCGGUGGCUCAGUUCACUCUCCCUGUUGGAGUUGGAUUCAAUGUUGGUCAGACCCCGAAUCUCCGUUCCAUCCCUCCAAGUCGACGCCAUUUUCCCAGGCGCAGUUUCGAAUUUUCCGGCGAUUCCGCUUUGCCCAAUACCAUUUACCUUUCGGAUGCGCCGUUGAGGAUUCCUGCCGCUAGGGCCGGCGGCGGCGGCGGCGGGGUUGGGCGGGGUAGCGGCGGCGGCGGCGGAAAUGAUGAUGGGCGGGGAGAUUCUGAGGGUUUGGAUUCUUGGUGGAGCGGGUUUGGGUUCAUUGGGGCUUUUAUCAAUGGCUGGAGAGACCGGGUUGCGGCGGACCCGCAAUUCCCGUUUAAGGUUCUCAUGGAGGAAUUGGUGGGCGUUGGGUCCUCCACUCUCGGCGAUAUGUCCUCCCGGCCCAAUUUCGGGCUCAACGAGCUGGAUUUCGUGUUUUCAACCCUAGUCGUAGGUUUAAUUCUGAAUUUUCUCCUAAUGUAUCUCCUGGCACCCACAACCUCCUCUUUACCCCAAGUAUUACCCUCAAUUUUCUCCAAUUGCCCGCCGAGCUACAUGUUUCAGCCCGGCCCUUACACCCUGACCCACCGCCUGGGCACGCUGGUGUACAAGGGGAUCGUGUUCGCCGCCGUCGGGUUCCCGGCGGGUCUGCUGGGAACCGCCAUCACCAACGGGCUGAUCAAGAUGAGGAAGAAGAUGGACCCCAGUUUCGAAACCCCAAACAAGGCGCCCCCGACGCUCCUGAACGCUUCGACCUGGGCUCUUCACAUGGGCUUCAGCAGCAACGUGAGAUACCAAACACUGAACGGGAUCGAAUUCUUGCUGGCGAAGGGGCUUCCUUCGCCGGCGUUCAAGGCGUCGGUGUUUGUACUGAGAUUGGUGAACAACGUUGUCGGGGGAAUGACGUUUGUGAUGCUGGCGCGGUUGACUGGCUCGCAGAAGGUGGGAAAAGUGGAGGAAGAUGCAUUGAAAGAGAAGCUGUUGAAUAACAGCGAGGAUUUACACAAGGAAGAUACUGUUUCCAGUUCCAAGUGAAACAGGUUUAGUUUAUAGGCUCGUACACUCUUUAGUGGUUUUUUUUUUUUUUUUUUUUAAUUUCU